UAUUUUGAUUCACAUUUUAAAAAUAACAGCAAUAACUUGAGAUUUUAUUGCAACAUAGAGCAACUUAUUAUCUUAAGUGUCUUAACUCAAUUCUGAAAUAUCGGAGAAGUUUAUUUGCCGUAAUCAUCGAUUGUUUUUCACACUUUUUUCCCAUUCCCGUUAUUAGUUUUGUGCCACGUUCUUGUGGCAAUUUAUCGAAUAAGUUGGUUUAAAAUGGUGCACAUUUUCUAAUCUACGGAUAACAAAUAAGAAGCAGCCAUGUCGAGCAUGUCAGACCGCAAGGCGGAGCUGGAGCGCAAAAAAGCAAAGCUACAAGCUUUGAGAGAAGAGAAGGAUCGUCGGCGACGUGAGAAAGAACAGAAAGAUGCAGAAGAUUCACUGGCCAGAGCGUCCACAACGUCCAGCCUGGAUAGCCGUCGCGACCUGGACGAGAUGCUGUCCUCGCUUGGCGUGGCUCCCGUGAAGGAUGUGCUGUCGUCGCUGUCCUCCAUGCAGUCCCUCACACCCCCGCAGACCGCAUCACCGGAAACCAGCCUGCACACUCACAGCCCUCCGCAGGGGGGACCGAAGAAAGCAGCUGCUCAGCUGCAAAUCAUAUCAGUGCAGUCUACUGACAUUCCGCCUAAAGAGAACGUCACCUACGCCAAGCAGACUCAGACCACCACCUCGGGGAUAACUGAGAUCAGAGAUGGCUCUUCCAAUGCGUCACCGCUUGCAGGAUACAUGGAGGACUGGUGGAGGCCCCGCAAAGCACACGCAACCGACUACUACGAUGAGUACAAUCUAAACCCGGGUUUAGAGUGGGAGGACGAGUUUACAGUGCUUACAUUCGACGGCGACGGCGCUCGGCAAGGCGACGACGACGAUGCGUUCCACGGCAAGCUCCCUCCCGGCAUCCUUCCACAUGGCCUGCCGACGGUUAAGGAAGUCCAGCCUGCGGUGACCGCUGCGCCGCCUGAGAAGAAAGAAGAGGAAAAAGAGAAGAAAGUACGCGAGCUGAGCGCCGACGAGAAGCACACGAUCAUGCUGUCGGCGGAGUUCCAGCGUUUCAUCACCAAGGCGGGGCGUGUCAUCGAACGAGCACUCGGCGAGACCGUGGACAUUUACACCGAUUACACCGGCGGCGGCGACGGCGAUACAGCGCAGGAUGACAAAUCCGACGCGCGUUUGUCCCUCGUCCGCACCUUCUACGAUGAGCGCUGGUCGCGCGGCCGCUGCGUCACCUGCCUCGACUGGUCCGCGGCCCAUCCUGAGUUACUCCUGGCCUCGUACCAUAACAGUGAUGACGCGCCACAUGACCCAGACGGCGUGUGUCUGGUGUGGAACACCAAGUUUAAGAAGACGACGCCGGAAGAUGUGUUCCAUUGCCAGUCUCCAGUUAUGAGCGCAACAUUCGCCAGGUUCCAUCCUAACCUGAUCCUUGGUGGCACGUACUCGGGCCAGAUAGUGUUGUGGGACAACCGCGUGCCAAAACGCACGCCCGUACAACGCACCCCGCUUUCAUCGCUCGCACACACGCAUCCAGUGUACUGCUUAUCAGUAGUAGGCAGCCAGAACGCCCACAACCUGAUCUCCGUCUCCUCGGACGGACGCAUGUGCUCCUGGUCUCUCGAUAUGCUGUCCCAGCCACAAGAGACCUUGGAACUGCAGCAUCGUCAGAGCAAGGCUGUUGCUGUCACCGCUAUGGCGUUCCCUCACGCCGAUGUCAACAACUUUAUCUUGGGAAGCGAGGAUGGAAACAUCUACACUGGGUGCCGUCACGGCCAACGCGCCGGUGUCACCGACAUGGUGGAAGGCCACGCGGGGCCCGUCACGGGGGUGGCGGCACACCAGGCGGGCGGCGCCGUGGACCUCAGCCAUCUCUUCCUCACGUCAUCCAUGGACUGGAGCGUCAAACUGUGGAGUCUCAAGGAGAACAAAGCCCUGUACUCGUUCGAGAACAGCGGCGACUACGUGGUGGACGUGCGCUGGUCGCCCGCGCACCCCGCGCUGUUCGCGGCGGCCGACGCGCUGCGCCUCGACCUGUGGAACCUGAACCGCGACACCGAGGUGCCGGUAGCCUCGAUUCAAUCGGAAGGCGGCGCCUUCAACCGCGUGUCGUGGACGCCGAGCGGCGCGCACCUCACGGCGGGCGACGACGCCGGCAAGAUCUCCGUCUACGAGCUGGCCGAGAGCGAAUAUCAGCCGCGACACGACGAAUGGACGAAGUUCGUGUACACUCUGCAAGAACUGCGCAACAACCAGGCCGACGAAGAAACCGACCGCCUCAGUCUGGCCAGCGGGCCUCCCAGCCUCACCAGUCUGGCUAGCAACCCGCUCCGAUAAACACUCAUUGUGUAUUCCUGCUAUUAAUAGGUUCAGAACUCCAGAGUAACAGAAGAUAUGAUAGACUGCAUGUGCAAUAAGGACCUUUUUAUCAGAACUUCUGUGGGAAUUUCAGAUGGAUAGGACCUUAUUGCACUUGAAGCGUAAGGAGCCUUCUGUGAUGGAAAGCCACAUAUUUCCAAAAGCGUUAAAUACCUUGUCUACAUGCUUCCCGUCGCAUGCCUUUAGAACGCAGUUGGGCGAUAGAGGAAACUACACUGAUUUUUACCAGCUUUAAACCCCACGUAGUCGCGGCCUUUGUCUAUGUACGAGUAUGAAUGUAGGUAAAAUAUUCUCGUUUCUCCCAUGAAAUCGGGUCAGCAAAAGGAACUAAAAUUAUUCUAAAUUGAAAACUUCGAGGUCGUUUUUUAGAUAGCAAAUAUCAAUUCUUUACAAUAUUCUUUUUUUACAAUUAAAUUACCGUUUUUUAUAAUAUUUAAAUUACCUACCAAUAAUGGCAUUUACUUGCUGUUUUAUUUUACGUCAACCUCUUAAAAAAUAAAUAUUAAUUAUUCAGCGUAAAUCAUGUAAUAACUUCAUAAGCCCUUUCAAAGUAUCGGUUUCCCAUGUCUGCUAACUAGUAUAUAUUUAUUAUGCACAAUGCAUUUACUCUAAUGAAAAGAGUGUAUAACUAAAUGUAUUUUAAAUAGAAAUCGUAUUAAAAGUUUAGGGUUGACGAGGACUGAUAGAUUAUUUUGAUAUGGAUGAUGACAGAGCUUGUGGCGUUAAGAAGGAAAGUAAAUUAAUAUCCAAAGUUUCUUGUAGAUUUACCUGUAGAUUUGAAAUCUAAUAUUAUGAAAGCAGCUACACUAUUCUACCUACUGUUGUUAGUUACUAAAUAUCUAAAUUUUGAACAUCUAUCGAUAUUAUGAUGUGGUAUUUAAUAUCAACAAUAUACUUAGAUUUGGUGCAAUGUUGUAAAUAAUUUGUUUCAAAAUUAAUUUUGCUACAUUGAAGGUAAUAUAAAUAGGAAGAUGUAAUUAUUUAUUUUUGAAUACAAUCAUAGUUGUUUCGUCAGUAUAUUUAGCAGUAAGCAUAAUAUAACCGAGUAUUUAUGUUUUAUGUUAUUACUUACUAAAAGACAAGCUUAGAUUUAGUGGUAAUCUUUUCUUUCAAGCAGGUACUUGUAUUACGCUUUAUAACAUUUUAUUGUAUAAAAUAAAUAAUAACAACA